AUGGACAAAUCUGAUUUGGUAAAACAAGAUUUAGAAAUCGCUCAUAACAUGCCACAUAUAUUCACAAUUCAAGAGAAUACAGUGUCUAUUCGUCGUCUGCGAGCAGCUUUACCUAUGAUUAAUGCGAAAUACGGGAAAUUCCAUACAGCAACCAAUAUGAGCAAUACAACGUCAAAUGAGCAACUUCUACUAUUAGCAAAUGACGAUCAAGCUCUAUUUAAAUUAAGUAUUAUUUCUGAAGAUGACGAAAUCCAAAUGAUUCUCGACAAACAAACGAGCAAACAAGCAUCAUUCGACUUUGAACAAGGACGUUUAUUCUACUGCCUCGCUAUUAAACGAUCACUAAACUGUGAUGAAGAUUUACUUAUAACUAACGAUAUAAUUAUCUUUAAUUUCGAUGAUGAUCUCUUCGAUAACGACACCCUGGACAUGUUUUAUUACGAUAUUGAUUUAGCAUAUUCUACUGGACAUGUAUCAUCAACUGAAUUUGAAGAACGAUACAAUAUGCAAAGUGAGUAA